AUGGCUUCUCUUUCAUCUGCCAUGAAGUCAUACUCAAACAUAAGUUCACACUUUGAUGAGGAACAAUGGAUCAUUCAAAUUCGUCAAGCCCUAGACGAAGACCUUGAAGAAAAAACCCAAGAAAUCCCAGUCAGCAUCUUCCACGUCCCAAGAACCCUAAAGGCUAGUAAACCAGAUUGUUACAUUCCACAAGAAGUUGCAUUUGGCCCGUACCAUUAUUGGCGUCCCGAGCUCUAUGAAAUGCAGAGGUAUAAGCUCGCAGCAGCACAAAGAAUCCAGAAACAACUCAAGAACCUGAGGUUUCAUCAACUUGUUGAAGAGCUCGUAAAGUAUGGGCCUAAGACUCGUGCUUAUUACCACACGUACCUCGAUUUCAAUGGCGAAACGUUGGCUUGGAUGAUGGCCGUUGAUGCUUCAUUCUUGCUUGAAUUUCUUCAAAUCUUUGCAAUCAAAGAAGGUAACAAAAAGUUACUAACCAGUGUCUCAUCAAGAAUGUCACAUUUGCUUGAUAUUGCAGGGGCAAAAUCUGCACACAACGCCAUUCUCAGAGAUAUGGUGAUGCUUGAGAAUCAAAUUCCAUCAUUUUUACUGAGAAAGAUGUUAGAAGUUCAAUUUUCAUCAGUAGAAUUAGCAGAUAACAUGUUGGUUUCAAUGUUGAUUGGGUUCCGUAGAGAGCUCUCUCCAUUCAAGAUGAAGGACGAAGAACACCCACAUAUUCGAGUUUGGGAGCAUGUUCACCUGCUAGGCGUUUUGUACAGUUCAAUCGUGCCGGAAUCGGAAGUACCAUCGGAAAUAACUGAAGUCGAGGAAGAGAGAGAAAAGGAAGGUGAAGGUAAAGAUGAAGAAAGUAACAUUUUGGGGGAGGCAAAUUACAUCAAACAAUGCGUUGAUGAGGUUUGGAAGUUAAUUAUGAAAUUAGGUCAUGUUAAGAUACGUUUCAUCAAGAGAUUAGUAUUUUCAAAACCUAUUCAAGUCAUAUUAAAAUUGCCAUGGAAAAUUAUUUCUAACCUUCCUGGAUUCAAAGUCUUUAAACUUGCUUCUGAAUGUUUAUGCUUUCCACAAGAUAAAGAAAACGUUAAGCCAGUAAAUGACAGUAGUAGUUUGAACAGCACUGGAAAACCUCCAUUGGUGGAGGAGAUUUCAAUCCCUUCUGUCACAGAACUCUCCAAAGCUGGUGUGAAAUUUUCACCCACUAAUGGUGGCAUUUUAAAUUUAGGGUUUGAUUGUAAAACUGUUACGUUGUACCUACCCACCAUAAAUAUAGAUGUUAAUACAGAGGUGAUCUUGAGAAACUUGGUUGCUUAUGAAGCCUGUAAUGCAUCUGGACCGUUGGCUCUCACUCGUUACACGGAAUUGAUGAAUGGGAUUAUUGAUACGGCGGAGGAUGCUAAGUUACUCAGACAGAGAGGGAUUAUUGUGAAUCGUUUGAAGAAUGAUGAAGAGGUGGCCAACCUGUGGAAUGGGAUGAGUAGGUCUAUGAGAUUGACGAAAGUGCCCUUCUUGGAUAAAGUGAUUGAGGAUGUGAACAAGUAUCAUGGCAGUAAAUUGACGGUUAAAGCUGGGAAAUUCAUGAAGGCUUAUGUGUUUCAGUCAUGGAAGUUUCUCUCACUGUUUGCUGCUAUUCUGCUCUUGUUGUUGGUGACUUUCCAAGCGUUUUGCUCUGUUUAUAGCUGUUCUCGAAUCACUCAUGAACAUCUUCAGUGA